AAAUAUCAUUUGCUGCUAGCCUAGUUUUGUACAAACAAUGGCGGAAGAGAGUAGGAUGAAUUUGGCUGCUCUGCAGCAAAGAGAUCCAUACAUAAACGACAUCGUCGAUACAGCCACUCAAGUUGCUCUGUAUUCUUUUAACCCCAAAUCUAAUCAGUGGGAGAAGACUUCUAUUGAAGGAUCUCUAUUUGUGUAUAAAAGGUCGGCCUCUCCAAACAAUGGUUUUAUGAUUCUGAACCGACUUGGGUUGAACAACCUGAUAGAGCCAAUCACAAAAGAUUUGGAAUUCCAGCUGCAGGACCCAUUUCUUCUCUAUCGCAAUACCAAAGCAAUCUAUGGCAUUUGGUUCUAUGACAAAGAUGAAUGUGCUCGAAUUGGACAGUUAAUGAAUAGUUUGUUGCAGUUAGCCAUUGACUAUCACAGAGCCAAGUCAGACAUGAGACAGAGGCGAGCGUCCGAGUCCGACAGCAUACUGGACAAAGAGGAGAGCACUCCCAAAAACGUGGAUAUUCUACAGAUGCUGUCAAAAGCUCAGCAUGAAUAUGACAGGUCCAAGUGUGGUAUUCCCUUGCCAAAGACAGGGGACCCCAAACCUAUGAUUGAUAAUCCUAAUGCAUCAGCAACAAAGGCCUCGGAUUUAAUCAGACCAACUCCACUGAAGAUGGGGGAUGUAAACGACGAGGGUGGCGGGGACAGCAAGAAGAGUAACAGCCCUGUGGCACCGCCUUUAACAGCCCCUGCGACAGCCCCAGGAGCCGCCCCCAUUAGUUUGGAAACCUUGUUCAGAAAUGCUAGUCUACAGCAACAAAAUAUCAACAGGUCUGACAAUGCCAGACCUCCACAGCCAUUUAAUAGGUCUGAAAACCCCAGGCCACAGCCAUUUCACAGGUCCAUGUCUAUGACAGAGGGGGACUCAAAAUCUCAAGACUUAUUGCGCCAUAUUAUGUCGAGUGGUUCCAUGGUGGAAGACAUAGAGAGACAGCAUCGCCGUCAACCAUCCCCCAAAGGUCCGUCUGCUCCUCAACUACAGAAACUCCCACAAAACUUCAAAUCCAGCCAGAAAGUAGCUCUGUCUGACAAGAUACCAGAAAAGGAGCCUAAUGAAGCUCCAGUGAAUGCUAAAUUUGACUUGUCACCUUAUUUAAAAAUGAAUGAAAAGGGUCCAGAGGCUGGAGGUGUGGAGGAUAAAGUGAAGAGGAGGUCCCCCAAUGUACAGGAGACGGAGGGGAAGGAGAGUCUGCUGACGCCAGGAGCAUUACAAACCUCAUUUUCCUUGGGUGCAGAAGUGACUACGGGAUUGUCUCGGUUACUUCCGCAGAACCCUGCAGAUGUUUUACUGACACCUAUGGCAUUCACUCAGUCUCCUAAGUCAGUUUCUCCCUCCACUACAACAUUGACCACUCAGGACUCCUCAGAUGACCUCCCCAUUGCAGCCCUCACCAAAGAACAGCUACAGCAAGCUCUCAUACAUCUGAUUAAGAACGAUUGCAGUUUUAUUGACAGUAUACACAAAGCCUACCUAAGCAGCUUACAGAUGUCCCACAAAACAUAACACCCGGGCAAUCCCCGUAGAUUCCCUGGAGCCAAAAGUUCGUCCAGUCAUGUGACCUGGACCCUCAUUUUCACCAGCGUCAUCAGACAAUUUGUGUUGACGCAUUCGCUAGUGUUGGAGUAUCAUCAUCGUUAUUUUUGUGAUCACGACCAAGUCAUUCUAAGUAAAGCUUACGAUUGUGCAAUGGCAUUUACCUUGAUUUCACCAACAUUUAGGCCUGAUUAAUCUGGUUUAUGGUAUAUAACAGAGAUAUGUUCUUUGUUUGUGGUUUUUUUUUUUUAUCACGUGCUUGAACUACAGGUUGCUCAUUAGAAUGUCAGUAUUACAUGUAAUUUUGAAAUGGCACUCAUACUAUAUAUCCUGUAUUUUCCCAGUAUGAUUUCACAGGUUUAAAUUUUUAGGUCACCUGAGUCACUAAGUGACAUAUUGCGAUGUGUUUUUGCCCAUCAUCGUGUGUUAACAUUCUAUCAGUUUCAACUUCUUCUCAGAUUCUAUCAUGUACUUGGCCAGCUUUGAAAUUGGAUAGACAUUUGAAAGUGAUACUUGGCAAAAGGGUUGCCAACAUACAAUGUUUUAUGACAUUGAGCUAAGGUCAUUUGAUGAGAUCAAAGUAAAAAUGGGUAAAACUAUUCUCUGGGGCAUAACUUCAUACUGGAGGAGUAGUUCUUAAAUGACACAGAUGUAAAACUACCUUGACCUUAGAUUAAGAUGAAUUGGUCAGUUUUACUGGUAAUCAUCUGUUCAAGGUCAUGGAUUUGCAAUUGAGAGAUAAUAGACAUUCAUAUUUGGCAUAAAGGUUGCUUAUUACCCGACUGUUUUGAGCUUGAGCCAUGAUCAUCUGGUCAAGUGGAAUAUGGAUGUUAAUGUCUAUUAAUAUUUAUAAAAACAAGUUACUUGUCGAGGGCAUAAUUUUGUUUUGGAAAAACAUUAGAAAUAUGAGAAAAUGAACAUCAGAUGAUAAAAAGUUACAUCCAAUUUUCCAGGUUUGAAUGAAAGAUUCUCUCACUGCGCCAUCGAUAUGAAACUCUUCUGGUUUAAUUUUAUAGUUGUGUUACGCUCUGGUGACCGUUAAGGACCUCUUGUUUUCUUAUCUCGGUGAAGAUUGGAAAGAGUACGAUCUCAUGUUAGUAUGUUGUGUCUUAUUUCUGUUAGUUUAUCAGUGUGUUGUGGAGAAAUUUAUUUUAGUUUUUUUUUUUUUUUUGAAAAGAUUUAUAAACAUAUUGCAGCUAGUACCAAGAAUUUAUGGUUGGUAUAUGUAGUGGGUUUUUUUUAUCGCUCUGUAACUUGAUGAGCACAUGAUCAUUGAUGUGUUCAAUGUUUCCCCACUGAGAUUCCACACCUUUUUAUGCCCUUGAGAUCCAAGAUCUUAUGGAUUAGUUUUUGUCCAGACUGUCUGUUUGCCUAUAUCCAUAACCUGUACUUUGGUCACUUGCAUUGAGUCAAGAUGAAGACAAAGCUUAAUGAAAGAUUAAGUUCAAGGUUAACUUUGUCAUAAGGACAGUUCUUAGCUAUAUUAUGGGUGUGCUCGUGUUUCAAAAAACAUUAUUUUGUCUAUGAUUUCUUUGAAGCUACAUGUACAUCAGUUCAUUGCUUUUUCAUAACAAAAUUGAAAUGUUUAUAGAGUUGGUUAGAGUUAUCUGAAACAUUACAAGCUGUCAUGUCAAUGAAUUUUGCUUGCAAUAAUUUAAACUACCUUUUUUUUUUUUUUUUUUUUUUUUUUAACAUAUUUAGUGCUUUGUAAUAUCCCAUGUAUACUGUUCUUAUGUUCCUUCAUAUUAUUUACAGGUUAAAAGGUAGGGGCCUGUCAUUACUAUGCAGGGUAUUUUUAUGACAUUAGAAUUAUCGACCUAUUCUAUGGUCAAUAUUGCAUUAAGUUCCAAAGGACUUGAUGUUAAAAUUUAUCUCUCCAUCGGUCAAGGAACAAUUGAGAGACAAGUUUUGCUCAAAUAUGAUUUAUUGGGAAUAAUGAUGAAUUUUGAUAUUCCUGGACUUUGUCAGUUUAUGGAAAAAACACUUUUUUCUUUGCUGAAUUUCAAGAAAGAAAUAUAACGGUAUGAGUUAUCAAAUCAUCUAAAUAUAGCUCUUUUGGAAUUUCAGGACAUUACUCGCUUCUGUUGCAUGAUAGUUAGCUAAGAUGUGUCGGGCAAAACCUGACAUGCAUGUAUGCAACAUCAAUGCCUUUAAUGUACAUGAUUUCAGUAACUUUAUUUUUCUGUUGAUUUUUUUUGUCACUUUAAUCUGGACCUGUAGCUGAAAUAAGACGCAGUCUCGUUUGUGAGUUGUUUUUUUUUUUUCACCUCCAACAUUAAAGUUAAAUAGGGUCGCAAAGUUUACUAGGUGCUAACACAUUUCAUUGUAUCUCAUGCAAAUUUUGAAUCAAAACUUUACAUUUCUAGAAUAGCAUUAUUUAUCCAUUUUACACUAUUUCCAUGCCCUCAUCAAAAGAUGAGAUAUAUUGUAUAUCAUUUUAACUUCCGAGUGGUCAAAUAUUUGCCAAACAUAUUUGCCAGACAUUGUGGUAGCAUUUUCAGACCCUCUGUUCAACCAUUUAUUGUGGGUCUAAUUUAAUGGAAUAAAUCUUAAACCAUGAACACAGUGAAAUUAAAACCACGGUAAAAAAAAUCCCAUUUUUAAAUGUUAUUGCAAUGUCUGUGUGCAGUUUUCUGCAUGUCCCACUUCCAUAAGAUUGUAUGAACAUGCUGGGGUCCAUAUUAAAAACUAAAAAUAAAGACCUAAACUUUGAUUUGGUCCUAUAGUUUUGUCUGAUUUUAGAAUUUUAUGAUAAAAAAAAGUUGCUUUCACAUGAUUUUCAAAAUAAUGUCAUAUCUGUACGUGAUUCAAGAAAUGCCAACAAAUUUACUCGCUGAGUGAAAUGAUCAUCUGUUGUCAUGUUGAGUCUUGUUUUUUUUUUUUGGUUUUGUUUUUAUCUGAAUCAUGGCUAUUGGACUCAUUGCUAUUUUCUGUAUAUUUUUUAGAUCUAAUGCAGAAUUACUAAUCUCAUGUUUAUCGUUUGGUGUCAAAUUUGGAUCUGUAAAUCCGGUUUCAUGCUGAUCAGGUAAAUAUUAGGAGAUAAUUUAUACAGUAUGUUCUUCCCAAUGUGUUUCUUUUUGGCUUAUGACGUCUGCUGAUAUUUUACGCAUAGAGGGAAAUAUACAGUAAUUGUAAUUCUUAGAAAAGAGCAUGGUUAAAGUUGAUUGUAAUGUUUUGAUUUACUGAUAUAUAUUCUAUGUGGUAAAGCAGACAGGUGUAUCGUAUGUGUUAAUUGAUGUACUUUUUGCCAAGUAAUUAAAGGUUGGUUGCUAAGAGAGGGUCAACUGUACAAUGGAACUCCCAAAUUGUUUGCAGCAAUUAAUCAUUUAUUCACAAUCUUACUCAAGUGUUCAAGAAAUUUCUUAAGUGAUUUCAUAAUAUAUUUUAAGUCAGAGAGGUUGUUACAUGUGUUGUAGCAGAUAUGAAGAAAGUGCAGUUCAUUCAUAUCAGAAUGUACCAAUUGUUUUUCAUAAUUCAUAAUCAUGGCCCCCAAGAUCAAAGGCAUAUAUUCUAUGAUAAGGUUGACUUAUUUUGAAUUGUAUGAUGUGGAGAACAUAUGUAGUGAACUGAAAGGUCACACAUCAAAGCUAUUUGUAAAGUGGAGGUCAAGGUCACAUGUCUGUCUCAUUGACCGCGAGAGGUGGACACUGGAGCGUAGUGUUCCACAAGUACGAGUUGGUUUUUUUUAAAAUUAUUUAUUUUUUGGCUAUAAAGAUAGAAAGUGCUAAAAAUUCAGUAUGUUUGAUGACAAAAAAUGUAAGAGUACUACGACUGUAGUAUGGGAAGACGGACUGUGGGAUUUGGUGUGUGUGAUUUAUAUAGACACCAGGAUUUGUGUGAAUCAUAUAAUGAUAGACAACAGGAUUAAUAUGUGAUUCUUGUGAGAAUGAAGAACAGGACUUGAUGUGUUUAGUGAGUAUGAUGAUUCAUUUGAUGAUGAAUGCAGGACUUGAUGUGUGUGGUUCAUGUGAUGAUGAAUGCAGGACUUGAUGUGUGUGAUGAUGAAUGCAGGACUUGAUGUGUGUGGUUCACGUGAUGAUGAAUGCAGGAUGUGUGUGUUUCACGUGAUGAUGAAUGCAGGACUUGAUGUGUGUGUUUCAUGUGAUGAUGAAUGCAGGAUGUGUGUGUUUCACGUGAUGAUGAAUGCAGGACUUGAUGUGUGUGGUUCACGUGAUGAUGAAUGCAGGACUUGAUGUGUGUGGUUCACGUGAUGAUGAAUGCAGGACUUGAUGUGUGUGGUUCAUGUGAUGAUGAAUGCAGGACUUGAUGUGUGUGAUUUGUUUCGUGAGAGACAAUGGUUAGGGUAUAAUGUGCAAUUCUUUUGUUGAAGGACGAUAGAAAUUAAAAUGUACUGUUUGUAUCUGAUAUAUUUAAAUGAUCUAGUGAAACUUGAUGUAUGUGAUUUUUUUUUAUCAUGCAUGAGUUGAUGCAAACAAUGGGAUGUUAGACAGUGUUUCAUGUGAUGUAAAACCGUGUGUAUGUAUUUGUUUCAAGACUGUAUUUCACGGCAGUGUGUGUGUAUUUGUUUAUUUCACAUGAUAGAAAUGGUGCGGUGUGUGUGUAUUUGUUUAUUUCACAUGAUAGAAAUGGUGCGGGGUGUGUGUGUAUUUGUUUAUUUCACAUGAUAGAAAUGGUGCGGUGUGUGUGUAUUUGUUUCAAGACUGUAUUUCACGGCAGUGUAAGUGUAUUUGUUUAUUUCACGUGAUAGAAAUGAUGCGGUUUGUGUGUAUUUGUUUAUUUCACAUGAUAGAAAUGGUGCGGUGUGUGUGUAUUUGUUUAUUUCACGUGAUAGAAAUGGUGCGGUGUAUGUGUAUUUGUUUAUUUCACGUGAUAGAAAUGGUGCGGUGUGUGUGUAUUUGUUUAUUUCACGUGAUAGAAAUGGUGCGGUGUGUGUGUAUUUGUUUAUUUCACAUGAUAGAAAUGGUGCGGUGUGUGUGUAUUUGUUUAUUUCACUUGAUAGAAAUGGUGCGGUGUGUGUGUAUUUGUUUAUUUCACGUGAUAGAAAUGGUGCGGUGUGUGUGUAUUUGUUUAUUUCACAUGAUAGAAAUGGUGCAGUGUGUGUGCUAUAGGUAUCACACGUUUGUACAGUAUAAGAAUGUAGAUCAGGGGGGGUGUUAGCCACUAUGUUCCAUACGUCCACAGGUGUACACGAAGGCACCCACAGUCAGUGCAGGUGUCCUUAAAUCGAGAUAACGAGAGUAGGGGUGGGAGUGGAAGAGGUGAGAGAAUUGGUGAAGACUAUCUUGCCCAGAAUUAUUUUGUUUUCUACUGUAGUGAUACUAAUCUUUAGUUCAAUAUAUGUUGAGUUUUUAGAGUUUGAUUUAUAUACCUCUAGUAUGUACUAAUGAUGUGGCAUUGCAGAGUUAGACACUGAGGUACCUAGUACCUAUAGAGAAAGAUGUUAAACAACACUACAAGAAUUCUCUCUUCUGUAAAGGACUCCCAUUGAUUUCAUGGAAUUACGCUGUAAUAUUUUCAUUUUUAUAGGGAUCACACUCGAGUUGAUAAGUAAAUUUUGAAAAUAAUAAUUCAUAGAAAUGAUCCUGGCGUGGGGAGCUGUAUUUUCAAACUUACAGAUUUAGUAAGAAAGUCUUUGUCGAACAGUUGUGAAAGGAGUGUGAGAAAGAGAUGGGACCAGCUAUCUAGUCGUGGAUGAUUAUUAAGGAUUUGAUAUUUGUUCAGAUUUUUAAAUGGUAGUCUGCAACUCCAUCUUAUCUAAAAGAGUUUUUAGAGCAACUAUUAUUGUGCUUAUGGGUUCCACAAAUUCUUUAGAUGUUUUCCUGCUAUCAGUGAAAUCAUGAAGUACACUGUGGCAAUACAUGUAAUUGUAUGUAAUUUUCUUCACAUAUUAUUUUUCAUCUGUGACAGAAAAGUUGGUAACUGUGUUAAGAUUCUUAACAGCAGUAUUUGUGUUACGAGAUGUUUUGCGAGGACUGUGAGCGUGUGAUGUUACUGUGUAUUACGUGUGGUGUUUUUUUUAUUGUUAUUAUACAAUAAUUAUUGUAUCACAUAGCCGUUAAAAACAUUGCAGAUUCAUUACACACAAAAAAUCUAAGUUUUUGUAUGACAUGAACUUUCAUGAAGCCAAGAUGAACAAAUAAGUCAGAUUAGAUCUUAAGUAUAUUGCCAACAAGGUGUUUUGAGAAAGUUAUUUUUACUGUUUUCACAUUUCGAUGUAUGUAUAUGUACUAGAAUUGGGUAUUUCUGUUGCCAAGGGCUUUCUUCCAUGUUUUGCAGCAGUCAGUAAUAUGGAAUUUUGUAGUGCUGUAAUAAAUCUUAAAUGCGACACCAGUGAGAGAUACUGAUUGUAGCAAAGAACAAAAAUCAUGUCCCAGAAAAUUUCAAAAUGUCCCACAUCAGUUAUUCUUCAAGACAUGCCAAAGAUAGACAGACAAAAUGGUCUAAUCAGAUGGAAAGGACAACCCUACUGUAAAAAUAUUCAUUUCCUUGUUUCCCUUCACAAGCUGUCUGUCAUGUCAGCAUCAUAGAUUCAGUCAUCUUCACUAGGGUGAUGAUACAUAGUGUUUCUCACGUGAAAGAGAAACCCGUGUAUUGUCACCCUUGGCUAGCGAAGAUGAGAUUCAAUAGAAGGUAACGAUUUUGUUAAGGAGGCACGUCAUGUCGGCAUCAUAGAUUCAAUAGAAGGUAAUGAUUUGUUAAGGAGGGACGUCAUGUCAGCAUCAUAGAUUCAGAAGAAGGUAAUGAUUUGUUAAGGAGGCACGUCAUGUCGGCAUCAUAGAUUCAGUAGAAGGUAAUGAUUUGUUAAGGAGGGACGUCAUGUCAGCAUCAUAGAUUCAGAAGAAGGUAAUGAUUUUGUUAAGGAGGGACGUCAUGUUGGCAUCAUAGAUUCAGAAGAAGGUAAUGAUUUGUUAAGGAGGGACGUCAUGUCAGCAUCAUAGAUUCAGAAGAAGGUAAUGAUUUGUUAAGGAGGGACGUCAUGUCAGCAUCAUAGAUUCAGAAGAAGGUAAUGAUUUGUUAAGGAGGGACGUCAUGUCAGCAUCAUAGAUUCAGAAGAAGGUAAUGAUUUGUUAAGGAGGGACGUCAUGUCGGCAUCAGAUUCAGUAGAAGGUAAUGAUUUGUUAAGGAGGGACGUCAUGUCGGCAUCAGAUUCAGUAGAAGGUAAUGAUUUGUUAGGAGGGAUGUCAUGUCGGCAUCAGAUUCAGUAGAAGGUAAUGAUUUUGUUAAAGAGGGAUGUCAUGUCAGCAUCAUAGAUUCAGUAGAAGGUAAUGAUUUUGUUGAGGAGGGACGUCAUGUCUGCAUCAGAUUCAGUAGAAGGUAAUGAUUUGUUAAGGAGGGACGUCAUGUCGGGAUCAGAUUCAGUAGACGGUAAUGAUUUUGUUAAGGAGGGAUAACACACCAGAGAAAACUGAUAGAUGGAAUGUAAAAUGCAUGUACAAUGAUAUUUUUUAAAUGAAAACUUUAAAACUUCCUUUAUUUAGUGGGGAAAUGCAGUUUUCUUAGAAAAAUCAAAACCCUUGCUAGACUUGAACCCAAGAUUUACAGAUUGACGGAUCCACACAUCUGAGUGAUCCAGUUUACAGUAAAGUUUAAAAGUAGAAGACACAUUCAUAUAUAUUGCUGACAUGUUUAUUUCCAUCUGUGUUUUGAAUGGAAGUAAGUCUUCUAGUGAUGUGUUUUUCCCCUUUAUGUAUUUUACAUUUGGAAAGGAUAUAUUACUGUUACAGUCAUUGUUGAAAAAACGUAAACCUUGAUAAAAACACCCCUGUGUUCUUGUUUGGAACAUGACUUUGUACAGUACAAAGGUGGUAGUAUUUGGAUAAUCAUUUUACACUGAUGUGCCCAAUAGCUGUGAUGUCUCAUUAGUAUUUAGCAAAAUAGUCAGUAAUAUUGUGCUAAAUUUUGAUUAUGCUGAAAUAAUCUUAAAUAUGAUAAAUGGCUAUUGGUGCAGCUCGCAAAUAUAUGGUUUAUAAAUUAACAAUACACUGGAAUUUUGUUACCCUUUUAGGGGCAUUCAUUAAUCAGCCUGUCAGUUGUCCAUCUGUUGAUGUUACAGCUUUUAAAAUCUUUUUGACAUCAAAAAUUCUGUUUUUAUUUUAAACAUUGAAAUCAAAUUGUGGUAGGGAUUCAACAUUUUCAGUGAUGGAUCAAAGGGGAGUGGAGAUGGAAGUUCUCUUUCCUGUGGGUCUAGUGCUUUACAAUUGAAUUUUGAUUUAAGUUUGUCCCACAUAAUGACAGUAUGCUGUGGAUAACCUUGUAUCAUAUUCAACUCUUGAGAACCACUGAACCAACUUGAUUUGAAGCAUCCUUAGGUACAAUUGUAGUUCUUUCAAAAGAAGGAUGCAUCGCCUCUCAAGGGGAGAUAAUUAAGUGGUGGGAGUCACUUAGAAACCUUAGAUUUACAGUUAUUAGGGGGAAAAGAUUUUAAAUCCUCCAUCUUAAUCUUCACAAGGUCAACAUUUUGUGAAUGUAUGUACUUCUCUUAAAUUCUGUGAGAGUUGCAUUUUCACAAAACCUUGACUCUGUGUUUUCUCAAGAACAAGAUCACUGCACUAGCUUUGUCGAAAUUAUUUGCUAGGUAGUGAUUCUCAGGAAGUGUAGAUUUUUGUAUGUUCACAUCAUGGGCCCCCUGGGAUUGCUCACUGCAAUUGUAGGGUUGUAAAAAUUUACACGAGAAUAUGUAAGAAACAAUUAUUCAAAAAUAUUCUCAAUAACAGGUUAGACAGAAUUACAACAAUUAAGCAUCUUCCAGUGAGAGAUACAGGUUUAUUCCAGGGCCAUAAUGAGCAAUUUGUGUUACAUUUGGUGACCAAUGUGGCCCAUGGGUUCAUUUAGGGGAGGGGGUGUUCUUUUUUUUUUUUUUUUUUUUUUUGUUCCUUUUAUUCAUCUAUUUAUUUGAUAGAAAUGAAUCACAGUUAUACUUUUUUCUGUUACAUUAGAAGCAGCACUUUCUGAAGUGUCUGCAGGGCAUUUCAUUAUUGUUGUUAAUGCCUUUUGUAUUAGCUGUUGUAAACAUCGGCAUAUUAUCUUUAUAUACUGAAAGAGAUACAAAGAAUGUUAUAAUGUUGAAGACGAAAAGAAAUUUUAAUUAUAAAUUUUAAAGCAGCAUCAAUCUAUUUAGAAAUAUUUUGAGAAGAAGAAAAACAAUGUGCAUGUAUUCAUUUAUAAUGUUUUGAAGUACUUUCAGUUGAUAAAUCUGUAUAUUAUAGUCAUUUGGAUGAAUUAAAACUACAUUUCUUUGUACCGGUAGUAACUGUAAGAAUGAUAAAGAAAACAAGAUUUUGUUUUACGUUCCAAAUUAUGACAUUAAAUUAUUUCCAGAAAU